AUGGAAUUGGACGAAAUUGAGGCCGAUCUAAUAAACAAGGGAACUGAGAAGUCAAAACGCUUUCCUGACCGUGAUAAUUGGUCCAAUAGCUUUGAGUACCUGUUAAGCUUAAUUGGAUUUACCAUUGGACUAGGAAGUAUAUGGCGUUUUCCAUAUCUCUGUUUGAAAAAUGGUGGAGGAGCAUUUCUGAUACCGUUUUUCUUCUUCACACUGCUAUGUGGAGUCCCUCUCUACUUCCUGGAGCUGUCACUUGGACAGUUUUCAGGACGGAGUGCAGUGCUGGCUUGGUCACUCUGUCCAUUGUUUGAAGGUAUCGGAUAUUCUGUGACCAUGUUGAGCAUGCUUGGCGCCUGGUACUACGGUCCGGUAAUGGCAUGGGUGCUGUUGUAUAUAGGGUACUCGUUUUUCCCGACUCAACCCUGGUCCACGUGUGACAAUAUAUGGAACACUGAUGCGUGUGUUGUCCUGAGGAUGGGAAAUCCGACUGGAACGAACAACUCCACGGCGAUCACAUCUCUGAAGGCGAAUACGUCAAAGACGAACGAACAGGGGUUCUACCCCACUGCUGCAACCGAAUUUUGGCGGUACGUAGACUGA